GUCAUCGACCUCGACGCCGGCGCCUGACAUGAGCGUCGCAGUGCAGACUCCACCCAAUGGGCUUUUGAACGGGGAGGCGAACGGCGUCAAUGGGGAUGCUGAGGCGCCUCAUGUGGCGCGCUUUGCGAGCGGCCUCAUUCUCCCUCCCCCGGAAAUCAAAUCUGUCAUUGACCGUACUGCGACCUUUGUUGCACGGUCGGCAAACCCCCCUCAGUUUGAAGACAAGAUUCGCGAGGGACAGCGCAAUGACCCCAAAUUCUCCUUCCUGAACCCUGCCGACCCCUACCACGCCUACUACCGUCACAAGCUGACCAAGGUUGCGCAAGGAGAGAUUGAGGAGGUUCCCAAGACGGGCACGGCAACCCCACAGGCGAAGGAUGUUGAGGUGAAGGUGGUCGACCACGGACUCGAACCACCAGCGCCUGACUUCAUUAUGGACAUGCCCAAUAUCUCGGCAAUUGACCUCGACAUCAUGAAGCUCACUGCCCUCUUCACCGCGCGUCGCGGGCGCAACUUCAUCCAAGCCCUUUCUGCUCGUGAGGCGCGCAAUUUUCAGUUCGAAUUCCUGCGACCGACGCACUCCCUCUUCGGUUACUUCAAUCGGUUGGUCGACCAGUACACCAAAGUCUUGCACCCUAAUAAGGACAUGCUGGAACAGCUGCAGCUGGAUGCAGAGCCCGGCGCGCGCUGGAGGAAACUUGAGAUUGCGAAGCGGCACGCGAAGUGGGAGAAGAACAAGCGUGAGAGGGAAAAGAAGAGGCAGGAUGAUCAGGAAGCCGAGCGCAUCGCAUUCGCGGAGAUUGACUGGCACGACUAUGCCAUCGUGCAGACGAUCGAGUUUACCGCUGCCGAUGCGACCUCGGAACUUCCUCCUCCGAUGAGCGUCCAGGAAGUCGAGAAUAUGACUCUGGCGCAGAAGCGUUACGCUGCCAUGAUCCUGGAGAACACGGCCGAAGAUGUCGAAGCUCACCGCGCGCGUCAAGCUGCAGCGGAAGCCGAAGCUGCCGCGGCCGCUGCUCAAGCGCAAGCUGCGCAGAACGUUGCGCAACAGCAGCAGGACACGGUCAUGCAGCCUGUCGGUGUCGCGGAAACACCAGAAGACCGCGCAAGGCGAGAGCAGCAGGAGCGCGCUCGCGAAAUCGAGCACGCUCAGGCCAUGCAGGCUGGCUCCGGUCCUAUGAAGAUCCGCACAGACUACGUUCCCAAACUCGGUGCAAAGUCGAAACAGACCAUGACGACUUGCACGGUCUGUGGUCAGCAAAUCCCCGUGGACGAGCUGCAGGAACACAUGCGUAUCGAGCUGCUCGACCCGAAGUGGAAGGAGCAGCGCGACAUGAACGAAGCGCGCCGCGCGCGUGCCUCCGAGCUCCUCAGCGGUGCCAACGUUGUCUCAUCGCUCAAAAACCUCGCUCGUACGCGUGUGGAUAUCUUCGGUGCAGAGGCGGACGAGGAGAAGCGCAAGAAGGAGGAAGAGGAGGAGCGGCAGAGACGCAAGGAGCGGGAGAAGGUUGUCUGGGAUGGUCACACGGCGUCGAUGGCGCGGACGGUCGAUGCCUACUCGACCAAUGUCAACUUCGAAGAGCAGAUUGCUGCCAUCCAUCGGGCGAAGGGUCUCGGACCGCAAGAGACCAGCGCUAUUGGUCCAGGAUUGGCGCCUGCAUCUUCCGUCCCGGCGCCGUUGACUGGCGCAUCCUCCCUACCUGCGGCGCCGGGCGGCAGCGCAGCGAACCCGGCGUAUUCUGCCGCCACCGUCGCAUCUGGACCCCAGCCUGCAUCUACCUACCCAGCGCAGCCACCUGUUAUGCUGCCGCCCAUGCAUUAUCAGGGUCAGCCGCCAGCCGGCGGAUACGGUUACCCGCCUGGGCAGGGUUCGCCCGCGCCGCCAAUGCAGGCCGGCCAGGUCCGCUCGGCGGACGAGAUGGACGGCGGCGCAGACGCGGCGCCCCCGGCUAAGCGGCAGCGCGUCGCGAAAUUGCCGGGCGGGCAACUCUAUCCUGAGGCUGACUGGAUUGCGAUGCACCCUUACCCGAUCUCGCUCCAAGUGCAGCUGCCCAAGGACGAUACGAAACCGGAGUGGAAGCUGGACGGGACGACGGUCACGCUGUCGGAGCUGCCGCUCAACCUCCUUGUGUCGACGCUGCGGGACCGCAUUUUGCAGGCGACGGGGAGCGCGGCGCCCGUGUCGCGCAUCCGGUUGUCGUACCAAGGCAAGAUGCUGACGAACUCGACGACGAUUGCGAGCCACAACUUGGAGGAGGAGGACGUGCUGGUGCUCAGUGUCAGUGCGCCGAAGAAGCGCUGAGGGA